AUGGAUUUGCUCAGACAACAUCAAGCUGCAAAGUUAGAGGAGUUGAUCAUUUCUGGUGAAGUGCACACAGGACGGGGACUAAAUCAAGAACGUGGACUUCAACGACCAUGUGACACUCGUUGUGGUUCUCACUGUAAGACAUUAGAGAACUUCAUUGACAUAUUUUCAUCAAUUCUUUAUUUGCUUGGAUUUGCUGCACGUGAGUGCCUAAAUUAUCUUGACAAACUUACAGCUGAAACUCUUGAGAAUAUGAUUAAGGGGUUUGAUUUUGCUUUUAUGCUACACUUGAUGUUGAAAGUUCUAAUGAUAACAAAUCAUUUGAACUUCUUAUUACAAAAGAUGGAUCAAGAUAUUGUCAAUGCUUUGAAACUACUCAAUACUGCAAAGCAAGAGUUGCAAAGGAUGAGAGAUAGUAGAUGGAACUCAUUACUAAAUGAUGUCUUUUCUUUUUGUGAUAAAUAUGAGAUAGAGAUCCCGAAAAUGGAUGCUCGCUACAUUCCUGGUAAGUCGAAACGUAAAGCUCUUGAUGUUACAUAUUAUCAUCAUUUUAGGGUUGAAAGAUUUUAUGUUGUUAUUGAUUUGCUACUUCGGGAGCUUAAUAAUCGUUUCGACGUUGUGAGUACUGACUUACUUCUUGGUAUGGCUUGUUUACAUCCCGCUAAGUCAUUUGGUAAUUUUGAUAAGAAAAAAAUAAUGAGAUUGGCUGAAUAUUAUUCGAAUGAAUUUGAUAGCAACAAACUUCGAGAUCUCAGUUGUCAGCUUGAUAAUUUCAUAGCACAUGUUCGAGGUUCUGAUAAAAGAUUUUUCAAUAUGAAGGGAAUUACUGAUCUUGCUAAAGUAUUGGUUGAAUCAGAAUUGUAUCAGACCUGGCCUCUUGUUUUAUUUGCUCAUCAAGUUGACUCUCAUUCUUUCCGUUGCUACUGCUUCUAUGGAACGAGCUUUCUCUUCCAUGAACUACAUAAAAAAUGA